AUGGCCAAGCCUACCUCGUUUGCUCUGCUUUCAACCUCUGCUUCGAGCGCACCACCGACUCUAGAUCAAGGCUCUUCAAACCUGGCGCCCCAGCUUGGGAACCACCGAUUAGGCGCCGCUAUUCUUGCAACAGUCGCAGAAAAGCAAGAUCGAGCCAGAGCUCAUGAUGAUACCGACGAUAGUGCCAGUUCCUCUGGGCAGCUUCGUGGUGGAGGCAAUGCCAACUCCGUCUACCCAGAAUAUAUCUGGGAGGAUGAGGAAAUCCGCCGUCUUGCGGAGCACUGGGGGCGACCAUUACCGCGAACUCAACGACGAAGACGUCCCCGGAAAGACGUCGACCACAGCGCGGACCUGGAUCUGGAUCCGGGCCCUCCCACGAACAGCAGCGCCGAGAGUCUAGAAACCACAGAAGGGGUCGCCGACCAGGGAGGAGACGUGAGCGCGAACCUGGCGACCGAAAACCCGCGAACAGAGCACGAAGGCAGCAACGUCAAGAACGCUCGCAACUUGCUUCGAUGGAAUCAACCAAGCCGCAUGGAGGAGAAAAACCCCCAGCCAUUCUAG